UCAAAUUUUUAUUUCCUUUGAAUGUAGUAGGUUUAUUUUUAAGAUCAAACAUGUUCAAGCAGACCUGCACCAACCUUACUACCUUAUCCAUCCAACGGGUGCGCCAGUGGCUGAACGGCUUUGAGACUAUUAUCUGCGAUGCUGAUGGUGUGCUGUGGCACUUUGACAAAGCUAUUGACGGCUCCGUCGAGGCCUUUAAUGCAAUUCAAGAUACUGGACGCAACACGUUUAUAGUGACGAACAACUCGUGCUUGUGCAGCGAAAAGAUUAGGCUAAAGGCUCGCGAUUUCGGCUUUAAUGUGCACAAAGAUCACGUGCUUAACUCGGGGAAGUCCGUUGCCAGCUUUCUGAGCAGCAAGAACUUUCAGCAAAAGGUUUUCGUUGUGGGAGGGGUCGGCAUUAUCGAGGAGCUGGCAGACGUGAAUAUAUGUGCGUUUCAAUUCAGAAAUGAGAAGAUUGAAAAGUCUAUGCGGGAUUUCGCCCUUGAGAUGGAGGUAGACGAAGAUGUGGGUGCCGUUGUUGUGGGCCGCGAUGACAGCUUUAAUAUGUGCAGUGUUAUUAGAGCCUGUCACUAUUUGAGAAAUCCUCAAAUUCUGUUCCUCGGCUGCUGCCUGGAUGCUGCCUAUCCCAUUGGCAAUAAUCGCGUUCUAGCCGGCGCGGCUGCCAUGAUAGCAUUAGUUAAGACGAUAACUUCACGCAAGCCCCUCAUUCUUGGCAAGCCAAACCCCUGGAUUGUCCGAGAGCCCAUCGAGAGCGGAGCUAUCAAUCCAGCAACUACGCUGAUGAUCGGCGACACACUUGAAACCGAUAUAAAAUUUGCCAAUUACAAUGGAUUUCAGUCAAUUCUUGUGGGAUCGGGUGUCACAGAAUUGGAGAAAGUGGAAAGGAUACGCGAUAGAGGGCAAAAGAAGCAAAUGCGUUUAGUGCCAGAUGGAUAUUUGCCCAGACUCUGUGAUAUAAUUGAGUAUCUUUAGCGUAGACCGAUUUAUAGACGAAUCAAUAUUGAGUGAUGUGUGUGUUGUGUUUUGUAAGCUCGUCUCUCGCUUCAGUUGGCCUGCAUUGAUAUGUGAAAUUAGUAUUCAGACAAUAAAUCAAUAUU